AUGUCAACAGCUGAUCAGAGAUGGGGCAGGAAACGUGGUAAGACACUGGGACCCCCGGAUCAGUCCCAACAAAUACCCAACGUAUCCACAGCCAGAAACCUGGGUGUCGUUGUUGGUGCGGAUUUCAUGUCUGAACUGCGGUGCCAAGAGGCAGCAAAACGGGCACCAAUGGCCUCACACCAGGUGGAACAACAACUGCAUCAGGGGACACGCACUGACGCUCCGCAAGAUGCAGUCAAACGGUCUGCCGAUGAUCUAUCGUCUGUCGAGGAGGGUGACAUAUCUCUGGAAUGCGCUUCCGGAGGACGUGGUGGAAGAGCCAAACGGUAG